AUGCGCUCGGUGAGUCGAAGACUUCCCCUCUCUGCGGGUGGUUGCCUGGCCUGCGUGCCGCGAGGGUUGCCGCCGACGGCAAGCGCGGCCCUUGCCGCGACGUACUCGUCGACGAGCGCCAUACCCUUCUCAUCCCUCUCGUUGCCCACGUUCACAGCAGCGCAGCGCAUAUCAGCGGCGUUUUUUCACACCUCUCCCGUGCACCGCUCCCCAUCAGACGUGGCAGGCGACCUCGCGAAGGAUCUGCACGACAUCAUCUCUCACGACCGCCUCGUCGUCUUCCUCACUGGCACCCCGGAGCAACCGCGGUGCCGCUUUACCGCACAGCUGGUCGACCUCUUCAACCAGCUCGGCAUCAAGUACACCUUCUUCAAUAUCAUGGACGACGACGAGGUCUGCGAGGGGCUCAAGGCGUACAGCGACUGGCCGACGUACCCGCAGGUGUACCUAGACGGCGAGCUGAUCGGUGGCUAUGAUAUCUGUAAGAAGAUGAUGCUGGAUGGAACGCUGACGAGUAUGCUGAAGGCGAAAAACCUCAUAUGA